AUGGGUUAUCGAAGGGCCACGUCCACUGAUAAGCAGGGCUGGAACCAGCAUAGGGACCGGCACAGGGACCGGCACAGGGACCGGCGCAGGGACCGGCGCAGGCACCGGCGCAGGGACCGGCGCAGCGACCGGCGCAGCGACCGGCACAGCGACCGGCACAGGGACCGGCACAGGGACCGGCACAGCGACCGGCACAGGGACCGGCACAGGGACCGGCACAGCGACCGGCACAGGGACCGGCACAGCGACCGGCGCAGGGACCGGCACAGCGACCGGCACCGGCACAGGGACCGGCACAGGGACCGGCACAGGGACCGGCACAGGGACCGGCACAGGGACCGGUGUUCUGUCGUUCACUACAGCUGGAGGCUCCGAGCUGCUGAUGCACGGCUCACAGUCUGCCCACCACACCGAAUAAACAACUACACUCCGGACGAAGCUACGCAGCGUUAA